UCCGUGUAGAGACUCGACUUGGAGACAGCCAUGAGUUACAGGACUGUGGUGAUGUACGUGGAGAUCGGCUGCUUUGUUGUCUGCGUAACGGGAUGGAUCCUGGUGUGUUCCACGAUGCCCACAGAGAUCUGGACAUGGUCUGAGGUAGACAGCAUAGUGUUGACCACCUCAAACUACUUCUCCAACCUGUGGAAGGAUUGUGUAUCAGAUUCGACCGGAGUAUCCGACUGCAAGGGAAUUCCCUCAAUGCUUGCUCUGAACUGGGACAUUCACAUGUGCCGGGCUCUCAUCAUCAUCGCUAUUAUCCUGGCUUUCUUUGGAUCAGUUCUGGUUUUAGUGGGAAUGAAGUGCACGAAGGUUGGUGGAUCAGAGAUCGUUAAUGCGAGAGUGACCUUCGCUGGGGGCAUGAACUACCUUAUUGGAGGGUUGUGUUCCAUGAUCGCAUUUUCCUAUUAUGGAAACAAAAUCAGAGCUGAAUUUCAAAACCCAAACUACAGAGCUCAAAAAUUUGAAAUAGGCGUCGGUGUCUUUAUCGGUUGGGCGGGUUCCAGCUUGCUUGUUGUUGGAGGCCUUAUUUACAGUACAGUUGCUGGGAGGGAAGGGUGCAACUCAAGCUCAAAAGGACACCCCAACUACCACGUCCCUAACGCCUACAAGGUUGUUGCCUCAAAAAAAAAUGUUUCUUUAGCGCGCACGGUGACCAGCGGAAGCAGCGAAUCUGGGACCACCAGUGGCGGCAGCAGCAGCAUCUCUGGGAUCACUAGUUCUACCGCAACAACAACUACAGAUUCAUAUGUGUGACCUCUUUCAAAUAUUCUGUGUACCUGUACUUGUAUGUGAAAUAAACUGUGUGUGUGGCUUUAUUUCCAUAA